GGGGCGGGGCUUCCGCUCUCCCGCCCAACCGUCGUACGGCGGGGGGGGAAGGGGAAGGGGAGAGGCCGCCAUAACGGGUUGCCGUGAGGGCGGCAGGGCCCGGCCGCCCCCUCCUCCCGGAGGUGGGGUGGGCAUGGCGGCGCCUUCUUCCGACGCAGCCUCGCCGUGAAGGCCUCUGAGCGCCAGCCGCGCCGCCUCGCCUCAGGGUGGGAGAGGCCUCCCGCCGCGCUAGGCCGCGGUCGGAGGAAGAAGAAGGAGGAGGGGCCGGGGGAAUAUGGCUAACCCGGCUAACCCUGCCCAGUGGGAGCACCUGAGGCCGCUGCGGCCGGACACCCUGCGUGUGAGUGAGCCACCAAUGAUCAACCUGAAUGUGGACAAUGAUGUACAGUUUGUGAGAAGAACUCUGAAAGUCAAAAAGCCUCGAUUUGAUGCAUCCUUGGUUUAUUUGACCCGGAAAUUCAUGGAUCUUGUCAAAAGAGCUCCAGACGGUGUCCUUGAUUUAAAUGAAGUAGCAACAAUGCUUGGAGUACGAAAACGAAGAGUGUAUGACAUCACCAAUGUGUUGGAUGGAAUCCACUUAAUUCAGAAAAGAUCUAAGAAUCUUAUCCAGUGGGUAGGUUCUAAUCGUGACCAAGUUUUUGGAAAAGCAUCAGAGCAGCAAAACCUUAAAGAUGAACUUUCUGACUUAUCAGCCAUGGAAGAAGCUCUGGAUGAAUUAAUCAAGGAUUGUGCUCAUCAGUUAUUUGAACUAACAGAAGACAAAGAAAAUGCAAAACUAGCUUAUGUGACAUAUCAAGAUAUCCGUAGCAUUCAGGCAUUUCAAGAACAGAUUGUGAUUGCAAUCAAAGCUCCAGAGGAAACCAAAUUGGAAAUACCAAUUCCUAAAGAAGAUUGCAUAGAAGUACAUGUAAAGAGCACAAAGGGACCCAUUGAUGUGUAUCUAUGUGAGGUGGAACAAGAGAAGCCAGGUGCCAAAACUUUUGAAGAUACUGAUACUGUCACUUCUGAAACUGAGCCAUCAGUUCCUCCUGAAGAAGUGAGAUCUCCGGGGGAAGAAAAAAACCAAACCACCUGAGAUGACAGAUAAAUUACAACUCAAAGAUCUAAUACAGAAUGUAAAUAUCUGUGUUAUAGAGCUUGUUAAAAGCUGCUUGGAUCCGCAAACUUACUAACCUGAAAUGUUCCAAAGUGUUUUAAAUCUAAAACAGCAGUGGGUUGGUUGAGUGCUUUCACAGGAUUGCUUAUCUUCCCAAGUCAGAAGACGAUGUUCCUGGAGUUGCUUUUAGGAGCUUUGUUUUCAUAAUUGCAUGUGAUCUACAGAGCUUUGGAAAAAUGGUAUUUUUAGCUUAUGAAAUAAUUUUAAUUGACGGCAAACACAGGCCAUGGAUUCCUUCUGAAAAUGAAUAUUUGCAAACUAUUUCUGGAACGGUCUGCAAUCCUUAUGAGAAUGUAUAUAAUAAAGAAAUGCACUUUUCAGUUCUGAGGCUGCACUACUACUAAGCAGGAUUGUCAACUACAAAUGUAACAAACUGGUGUAUCAGAAGUGUUCGCUAUAAGGAACAAGAUGUAAAUAUCAUGAGAGUUAUGCCUUACACUGUGUAGAUGCUGUUUGCAUUGUUUGCAUCCAGCUCUGCAUGAACUAUGGUAUCAACACUGAAGUAAGUUAAUUGGCCUCUUUGUAUAUAUGUGUAUCAUGUCUAGGUAGUUACUGAUGUAGAUUUAUUGAGAUGGAUUGCAUUUUUGCCUUUGUACAGCAAAGAAAUAAAAUAAGCUUAUAAAAAUAUUAAA